UGGAGGGAUUCCUGGAGAAGCUGCAGUGUUGGGGAUGCUCUAGACCGAGUACUGCCCCCAGUGUCUUUCCACCUCCUCCUUCUGCAGCGGCAGCAGCCAGCAGUACUUAGCAGUGGCAACUUGAGGCUGCAGCCGGGCAAGCCCCCCCAAGGGUGGUGCUCAGCUGAGAGGGGGGCUCAGCGCCCCAAAGGGGUGUGUGUAGGGUGGGGGCGGCCAGCUGGGACCAGCUGGUAGCCCUGGAAAACCUCCCACACACCCACACCCACACACCCCUUUUGUGUUGCAGGCUGCCCCUCCAAGAACAGAGGCAGCAAGAGGACGUGUGAGCCUUCGAACGGGUCCACCCGGGGAGAGCACUGGGGAAGGAAACCGGCACCACCUUCUGGUCUUCCCUGCAGAAACUAUUUGGGUGAUUCAGAAGUCCACGGCUAUGGGCAACUGGUGACUGGCAGCUUCAUCAUAACACUGUGCCUCCUCAUGCAUCGUGUCUCAUGCAGAGAAUUUUGGUGAAACAUCAUUUCACUCAGGGGAAAACAGGAAAACAAGAACUAACAAGAAUUUGAGUGACAAACACCUGGAUUCAGAUCAGAAGACUGUUCAUUUGCCUAUCACUGCAUUUCUGGAAACUGUGCCGCUGACCUUCUGAUUAAGAAAAUAAAAAGAAUCUGAGAGAAAACAGAAACCAAAAUACCCCAGAAUUUCUAACAGAACAUCACACCUGAACCUAACAUGGUGAGCGAGAGUCUUCAUGAGGCCCUGGCAGCAGCCCCGCCUGUCACCACUGUUGCGACUGUUACACCAAAUAAUGCCACCGAGCCAGCCAGUCCCGGAGAAGGAAAGGAAGAUGCCUUUUCUAAGCUGAAGGAGAAGUUCAUGAAUGAGUUACAUAAAAUUCCACUGCCACCAUGGGCCUUAAUUGCCAUAGCCAUAGUUGCAGUCCUUCUAGUCCUGACCUGCUGCUUUUGUAUCUGUAAGAAAUGUUUGUUCAAAAAGAAAAAUAAGAAGAAGGGGAAAGAAAAGGGAGGGAAGAAUGCCAUUAACAUGAAAGAUGUGAAAGACUUGGGGAAGACCAUGAAAGAUCAGGCCCUUAAGGAUGAUGAUGCUGAAACUGGAUUGACUGAUGGGGAAGAAAAAGAAGAACCCAAAGAAGAGGAGAAACUGGGAAAGCUUCAAUAUUCACUGGAUUAUGAUUUCCAGAACAACCAGCUGCUGGUGGGGAUCAUCCAGGCAGCCGAGCUGCCCGCCCUGGACAUGGGGGGCACAUCUGAUCCCUAUGUGAAAGUGUUCCUGCUGCCUGAUAAGAAGAAGAAAUUUGAGACAAAAGUCCACCGAAAGACCCUCAAUCCUGUCUUCAAUGAGCAAUUCACUUUCAAGGUGCCGUACUCGGAAUUGGGAGGCAAAACCCUGGUCAUGGCUGUGUAUGAUUUUGAUCGUUUCUCCAAGCAUGACAUCAUCGGGGAAUUUAAAGUCCCCAUGAACACAGUGGAUUUCGGUCACGUAACUGAGGAGUGGCGCGAUCUGCAAAGUGCGGAGAAGGAAGAGCAAGAGAAACUGGGCGAUAUCUGCUUCUCCCUGCGCUAUGUACCUACUGCUGGCAAACUGACUGUUGUGAUUCUGGAGGCAAAGAACCUGAAGAAGAUGGACGUGGGUGGCUUAUCUGAUCCUUAUGUGAAGAUUCAUCUGAUGCAAAAUGGAAAGAGGCUGAAGAAGAAAAAGACAACAAUUAAAAAGAAUACACUCAACCCCUACUACAAUGAGUCAUUCAGCUUUGAAGUACCCUUUGAGCAAAUCCAGAAAGUGCAAGUGGUGGUAACUGUUUUGGACUAUGACAAGAUCGGCAAGAACGAUGCCAUCGGCAAAGUCUUUGUGGGCUACAACAGCACUGGGGCGGAGCUGCGGCAUUGGUCAGACAUGCUGGCCAACCCCAGGCGACCCAUCGCCCAGUGGCACACCCUACAGGUGGAGGAGGAAGUUGACGCCAUGCUGGCAGUCAAGAAGUAAAGGGAAGAAGCCUUUCUGCAUUUGCCCACAUAGUGCUCUUUAGCCAGUAUCUGUAAAUACCUCAGUAAUAUGGGUCCUUUCAUUUUUCCAGCCAUGCGUUCCUAACAGAAUUCAGUGGUACUUCAAAUCCUGUUUUAAUUUGCACACAAAUUUAAACGUAGAGAGCCCCUGAGUCCUUCGUCAUGCCACUGCCCUCCAAAUCUACUCUUCUUUUAAGCAAUAUGAUGUGUAGAUAGAGCAUGACUGAAAUUAUUUAUUGUAUCACACAGUUGUAUAUACCAGUAUGCUGAAGAUUUAUUUCUAGUUUGUGUAUUUGUAUGUUGUAAGCAUUUCCUAAUCUGUGUAUAUCUAGAUGUUUUUAAUAAGAUGUUCUAUUUUAAACUAUGUAAAUUGACUGAGAUAUAGGAGAGCUGAUAAUAUAUUAUAUGGUAAAUAUAGUAUCGUCUGCAUUCCAGCAAAAAUAUCAACUUGUAAGGCACUAGUACAGUGAAACUGACAUCUUAAAGGACAACUUAAACCUGAGCUUUCUAUUGAAUCACUUGAGUACCAAGAUACACUUACACCGCAUAUUUGGUGGGUGAAUCCAAUUUUGUAGAAUUUCUUCACAGGCAAGUUAACAUGAUCUGAGCAGCAUGCAGGCUGCUGUCCAGGAAGCAUAGCCACAGCCCAGAACAGCAUCUGUCUGCACACACUGACAGAGCCUGAGUCAGGGCUUUGCUCUAGCGUUUGAAGAGCAACGGAACAGGAGCCCAGGACUCACACAACUGCAUAUGGAGUGACAACUUGGUGGUGUUCCGUGUGCAUCUGUGUGCACGUGUGCACGCUCGUGUACAUACCUGUGUGUGUGCAUUUGUUUAGGGAUGGGGUGGGUUGGAAGAAGCAAGUGGAGGGGAGAAGUCAGCAUUUCUGAAGUACUGCCUGACUAUUUAAAAAGAAAAAAGUAGCUCUCCAUGAUCACCUUUAUACACAACGUGCAUCCCGUGAAUUCUGUUCCAGAUUUCACACCUCUAACAAUUCCAAAACAUUUGCACACUACACUUUGUAACAAAAUAUUUUAUUACACAAAACCGGAUUAGAAGGAAUGCAGAAGAAUAUUUUUAACACAGUAAUCUGUGCUUAUUGCACAAAAUUACUUUGUGGUCAACAGACAGUAUUGUAAUCCCAUCAAAAGAUGAAAAGUAAACAAUUAGCCAUAGUUCUGAAUGCACUACAAUUAAGCCAAAACAGACAGCUAGUGAUCUUUUUAUAUGCUGUUUUUACUUCAAAAAGUUUUAAUUUGUCCUUUAAAAAGAGGUGAAACAAAACCAAGAACAAGUUCUAGAAAACUGAAGCAACCUCUUAUGUAUUCUAGAUGCUUGACUUAGGAGGAGUUUUUAAUGUUUUCAAUGUUAUUAUGUAGUAAAUGGCACUAUUAUGAAGCUACUAGUCAUUCCAUAGGAGUCUUCAAGGACUGCUCUGUGUAACACUGUGACUGCCGUGUGUGCUUAGACACGUAGUUUCCUCAGUGGAUAGCACUCAGUUUAUUCCGUAGUGAUAUUGUAAACAAUACUGCCAUUCCCUUCUAAUGCACUGCCCAAGGUGUGUGUAGCACAAACAGUUCUCAUUACAAAGGACCAAUUCAGAACUGAAAAGCUAUGCAUAGGACGAGGAAGAUACACAGGAUGGGGUGGAGCACACAGCAUUUUGUCAAGCACUGUGCACUCUUCCAUAUUUUCCCCACUAGGGCAGACAGCCACUCUGUGGAAGGGCAGCCUGUUACCACCCUGCAUCAAGUCUUCUCCCCCCCCCCCCUUCUGUGGCCCACUUCCACUCCCAGGCUGCAGGGAGUAGGGAAGUUCUGAGGCGGAUGCUGACCUUCACAAAUCCGAAAACCAAAUGGAGGAAAACUAAGCACUAGCUUCGUGUUCAGACGUGAGGGUAUCAUGCCACAUUUUUUUAACAACUCAAAAAGAUUUCAUAAAGGGCUGGUGGGAGACUUUGAACAUGAGGUUAGCUAUUUCCUAGUAAAACUAAGAUUCCUGUCAUCAUUCCUUCCUCAUCAGACAAGAGGCAUGCCCUUUGACCUUUCAGCCCAGGAUGAACUCUAGAACUGGGACUUGCACAAAGGACAAAAGAAUAACAUCUCCCUCUUCUGUGGAUGGUCCAUACUUUACAAAAAAAAAAAGAUACUAGAAAAUGCACAAGUCAUGACAUCAGAUUAGGUAUCGGUUUGAACAGAAGAGUCAAAUGAGAAUCUUUCCAUUGAAAAGGACCAAGCCAUACCAGAGACAGGGAGUUGACUGACCUGUAAAAAUUCCCGAAGUACCAGAAACUGACAUUUAAUUUUUCUGUAGUCGGCUUUAAGUUUACACUGAAACAACACUUUAAACAAGCAGGUCUGAGCUGUGGAAGACAUGCUAUUUCUUGCAUUAAAGUACUACUAAUGCAUCCUCUUGCAACACUGCCAGACAUGGGAUAUUGUCACCAUAGGAUUAGUUGGUACUACACCAUCUCUCAUGAGUCAGUGACUGAACCUGCUUUAAGACCAAGACUCAUCCUCAGACAAGCCACUCGUACCUUUCUGACAAAGCUGUGUAAAGUAUUAGCAUCUGAUGCUCUAGAAAGAUCCUAGUUGCCUUUGUGUAUAUUUACUGCCUGCUUGGGUGUUUCUUUGUGUGGGUUUUCUCUGUAUCCUGUAGAAAUGUUGGAGUGUUUCCUUCUGCCAUAUGACUCGUGACCUGCGAGCCAACUACUUUAGCUGUAUUUUACCUUCAUUUUUGAUGAGGUGGUUUAAAUUUCGUUUCACUUCGUGUAGUGAAUUCCACAGUAGUUUCGAUUGUUGUUAAAAUAACAUAUUACCCGGAUAUUCAAUAAAAAUGUUUUAUUUCCUGUU